UCAUACCAUACACACCUUGGACAUCAAGUUCUUAUUAAGAUGAAAGUUAAGGUAGUCAUUAACUAACCAUCAUUAACCUAGUGCAUAUUUGUUCUUAGGAAGCUACAUCAGCUGUUUGCCGUUCAUCUGAUAUGGCAUUACAAAUAUAUAUAGAACAUAAAAAUGGACGUCCACGUUUAUUGCUAUACGCAUAUAUAUACGCAGUAUAUAUAUACACGCAUGCACGUAUGUAACAGGCAAUGGUGUACUAUAAAUGAUGUGUACCACAACAGCAGAGCUGAUUUUCUCUUAUCGUGACCACUAGAGGGCAAAAAAGACUGAUUUUUAAAUGUCCCACAUGACGCAAACAAAGAGCGACAACAUAGCUAGAUCGUUCCACCACAACACUUGAGAAUCGUGGCGACUGUCCAUAGAUUGAUAAUACUAAAACGAUGGAAACAUAACGUUACUUGAAAUCUGUUGCUUGUUUCUGAAUAUGUCUUUGCCCGACUGAAGCACUGAAUUGGAAUCGUAUUUGCAAGCGCGCAAGUCUUAUGGAAAUCCCCUAGAUCCCUGCUGUUUGAAAAGAAAUGCUGCCCCAUCACAUUGCCGAAUUCCUCCGAUGAGCUCUCACAUUAGUUCUGUGAAAGUAUUCAGUGUGUACUUCUGCAUCACCUUCCCCUGUGUACACUGAGACUAUAAGCGGAUCCUCCCUGGAGUGGUCAGAACCGGACCCACUGCUGUGCUGAGAGACGGGUUCUGUGCUGUUGAUGCGGUGCAUGUUCAGCCAGCAGCACCGGGGACCAAGCAGGAAAGGCAGCGCUGAGAACCACAGGAGAACCCGGAGCAUUGUGAACCACAGGAGAACCCGGGGGAUUGAGAACCACAGGAGAACCCGGAGCAUUGAGAACCGGCGAGGCGCCCGGAAGGCCAAGCACGUGUCACGUGUCUCCACCCUCAGAGGCAAGCAUCUCCGUGCCGACGUCCUCACCUACCUGUCCAGCUUCGGCCCUGAGACCCGCGGGCUGAUCCGCCAGGUCCAUGCAGGCACCCUGCUGAAGCAGUCCAGCCCAUGCCCGCAGAACCCCCUCAGGAAUGGGCCGCCGGCUGAGAUGAGAGUCCCCGAACACAGCAGCCCCGACCCGGAUGCGUCCCCACCGGCCCCAGCGCCGGCCCAGACCCCUGAGAAUGGCCGCUCCAGGAGGAGACGGAUGCCCAAGACCUGCGAAUGUUGCGGGAAUAACAGCAAGCUUGCGGGGGUUGGGAGGGGACUCGCCACUGACAAGAUGGCCAGCCACUCCCACCUGGGGGCCAAGAGGAGGGGCCGCAGGAAGAAGGAGGAGUCUGUUUCCAAGGUGACGACACAGACCGAGAUGACGGUGGACAUGCAGGAGGCGGGGCUGGGGCCUGAGGAGGAGGAGGAGGAGGAGGAGGGGGAAGGGGAGGGGCGGGGACAAGACCAAGGUCAAGCUGAAAGUUGUGUUGAAGCCCCCCAUCAGGAGGUCACUGCUGCUGAGAUGGAGCAGACAACAGCCACUGAGGCAGACGAGUCGGACCAGCAGGCAGCCAAUCAGGCCCCAGCCCUGCCUCCUAACCAGUCACAUGACCAGACUGUUGGCGAGUCUGGGGCCUCAGACCCUGCUCUUCCUGGCAUGGUGAAUGGAACAGUGGCCAGCUCAGGGGUGGAGGCGCCGUUGCCCAGUGAUGGGGAGAUGGAGGUAGAGCCGCCCCUGCACCCGCCCUCUCCCCAGGCCCAGCUGAACCACUGUGUGACCCCCCUGUGGGAUCACCACUACUGUAAGAUACCGCUGGAUCUCCUCCCCACCACAGCAACUCCCCCGCACACACACACACUCACACCACCCCCAGACAACCAUGAAGGAGUCGUAGACAUCAUCCACGAAUACCUAGAGGACUUCUAUGGGAAGUACGGAAGCUUCAUUCCUCUGUGUGAAGCUGAGAUUCAGAAUUAUUUAACCAAGAAGUACAACACUGACCUCAGCGACAGGAAGAUGAUCAACUCAGAAGUGGCGAAGUACAAGGCUGGCCUGGCCACCGCGUCCAUGCUCCACUUCAGAGUGAGCCACAACAAGCACAUUCUCACCCUGGAGGACCUGUCCACGCUCGACGACCAGAACUGGGUCAAUGACCAGGUGAUAAACAUGUACGGGGAGCUGAUCAUGGAGGCAGCCAGUCACAAGGUUCACUUCUUCAACAGUUUCUUCUACAGACAGCUGGUGGCAAAAGGCUAUGAAGGAGUGAAGAGAUGGACCAAAAAGGUGGAUCUCUUCUCAAAGAGGCUGCUGCUGGUUCCUCUCCACCUCGAGGUCCAUUGGUCUCUGGUCAUGGUGGACGUCACCAGUAAAAGCAUUCACUUCUACGACUCCCAAGGCAUCAUGUUCAAGUACGCCGUGGACAACCUCUUGAGAUAUCUUGUGGCAGAAGCCAAGGAGAAGAAGCAGGUGGGGUUUCAGAAGGGCUGGAAGAUGAGUAUCAGCAAGUGUAUUCCCCAACAGAAGAAUGACAGUGAUUGUGGAGUCUUUGUGUUGGAGUACUGUAAGUGCCUGGCACAGAAGCAGCCUCUGCAGUUCUCUCAGGAGGACAUGCCUAACUCCCGUAAGCGCAUCUACCAGGAGUUGUGCGAGGGCAAACUCAAAGACUGAUCCUCUACCAGGAGCUGUGCAAGGGCAAAUUCAAAGACUGAUCCUCUACCAGGCCCUGCCAAGGGGCAACUCAAAGACUGAUCUUUGUUCACAGAGACGGACCAUCGUUAACGGAGACUGAUUUUUUUUAACAGUGACCUACCAGAGACUCAUCACUGCUAGUGGGUCUCCUGCCCCCUGCUGGAGGCUUAUGAGUUCUCAACAAGGAGUUACCAGAGAAUGAGGAGCAUUAACACAUCUCUUAAAGAUUGACCACCAUUACCGGAUCUCUUAGAGACUGCUCAACGUUACCGUUACUGUUAAUGGAUCUCUUAGGGACUGCUCAACGUUACCGUUACCGCUAAUGGAUCUCUUAGGGACUGCUCAACCUUACCGUUUACCGUUAAUGGAUCUCUUAUGGACUACUGACCGUUAAUGGAUCUCUUCGGGACCGCUGACCGUUAAUGGAUCUCUUAGGGACCGCUGAGCGAUGACCAUGACAGGCUGUGUGAAGGCGAACUUGAAGGCCUGCUCAUUGGGCUCAGAGUUCACUCUGGACCUCAGACUGGUCUGCUUGAAGAGGAGGACUAAAGAAAGAAUAGAAAGACGACAUUAAAAACAAACAGGUGUUUUACUGUCCCGUCUAUUGAAGCCAGUCGGAGACCCUCCUCCUCCUCACCAUUCCUCUCUUCCUCACUAUAGCUUCUCUGCCACUGAAAAAUUCACACCAUCCACUGCACCACAGCAACCUCCUACUCCUCUCUCUCUCUCCCCCCUCCUCUCUCUCCCUCCUUCUCUCUCCUUCUCUCUCUCCCCUCCCCCCUCCUCUUCCACUCCCUCCUUCUCUCUUUCUCUCCCCCCUC